GCCAGCAUGCCGCACCAGUACGGCGCGGGCGCGGGCGGGAUGGCGCAGGGCCCGCCGUCCCCGCCGCCGCAGCACGGCGCGCUGUACCCGCGCUACGCCAGCGCCGCGGGCCCAGGCGCCGGCGCCUACCGUCCAGAAGAGCGCCGCCUAACUCGUGAAGCCAUGGAACGAUACCUGCGCGAUCGUUCCGAUAUGGUCGUUGUCAUAUUACACGCUAAAGUCGCUCAAAAGUCUUAUGGAAACGAAAAAAGGUUCUUCUGUCCACCUCCUUGUAUUUACCUUUUCGGCGAUGGGUGGCGGCUGCGACGCGAGCGCAUGCUGCGCGAAGGCGAGACCGAGCAGGCGUCGCAGCUGUGUGCCUUCAUCGGCAUAGGCAACUCAGACCAGGACAUGCAGCAGUUAGACCUGAACAAUGGCAAACAGUAUUGUGCCGCUAAAACUUUGUACAUAUCAGAUUCAGAUAAGAGAAAACACUUCAUGUUAUCUGUUAAAAUGUUUUACGGUAACGGACAUGAUAUAGGCAUUUUUAAUAGUAAAAGGAUAAAAGUUAUUUCAAAACCUUCAAAGAAAAAGCAAUCCUUAAAGAAUGCUGAUUUGUGUAUAGCUAGCGGAACAAAAGUAGCGCUAUUCAAUAGACUAAGGUCACAGACGGUAUCAACAAGAUAUCUGCAUGUGGAGAAUGGUAACUUCCAUGCAUCAUCCACACAGUGGGGUGCAUUCACGAUACACCUCCUGGAUGACAAUGAGAGUGAGUCUGAAGAGUUUGCAGUAAGGGAUGGUUACGUCCACUAUGGAUCUACUGUGAAGCUUGUCUGUUCUGUAACAGGCAUGGCAUUACCACGGCUUAUAAUUAGAAAGGUGGACAAGCAAAUGGCAUUAUUGGAAGCAGAUGACCCGGUAUCUCAGCUGCACAAAUGUGCGUUUUACAUGAAAGAUACAGAGAGGAUGUAUCUCUGCCUGUCCCAGGAGAGAAUAAUCCAGUUCCAAGCUACACCGUGCCCCAAAGAACCAAAUAAGGAAAUGAUCAAUGAUGGUGCUUGUUGGACUAUUAUAUCUACUGAUAAAGCUGAAUAUCAAUUUUACGAAGGCAUGGGACCUGUCAGGUCUCCGGUGACUCCUGUGCCCCUAGUCCAUUCACUGAAUUUGAACGGUGGCGGUGAUGUAGCCAUGCUGGAAUUAGCGGGGGACAACUUCACGCCCUCACUGCAGGUGUGGUUCGGCGAUGUUGAAGCUGAGACAAUGUACCGCUGUGCAGAGUCCAUGCUUUGCGUUGUACCGGACAUAUCUCAAUUCAGGGGACAGUGGCUGUGGGUGCGACAGCCCACUCAGGUGCCAGUAUCAUUGGUGAGAAACGACGGUAUAAUAUACGCGACCGGUCUGACUUUCACGUAUACGCCGGAGCCCGGGCCGCGGCCGGUGUGUCCGCCUGUUGACGACGUGAUGCGCCCCGAGCAGGCCUGGCACCACGACGCCAUCGCACACCGCCUGCCAGACAACAUACAAUAGCAGGAGGACUGCAGGCUCGAUAGUCUGCGGUGACAACCCUACCGGUCUAUACAGGGUGGACUUGUUACUAGUGACAACUCUAUCGGUCUCUUUGUGACAUAAUCUAUGACAGUGCAGUGACAACCCGGAGUGAUAACCCUACCAGCUUAGUGGCAGUGUAGUGACAACCCUAAUAUUAGAUGCGGAGUGGACUCUUCAGUGACAACCCUAUUGUUGCUGCAUAUCAAAAAGGACUAUCCAAAGAGUUAUAAAUAGUUGGUGAACUAGAAAGUGUUAGAAUUUGGUGAGUUGAGGACAUUAAUACGUUAGUUUCUAUAGUGCCUGUAAUAUUUGCUUUAUUUGACCGGUCGUUUGACUUCUAAUGAUGUCAGAAUUUUACUUCAGUCACAUUACAUGUGCCAAUGUUUGUUGACGCAACUUUAGUUCGGUCAAAAAUGUUUGCAAACUCACUAUCGUGAUAUAAUCCGUAAAUGAAUCCCUCUAAAACCGAAUUUCCUAACUGAAAUGAACAAUUUGACUUUUUAUAAAUAAUAUUCAGGAUUAUAUUACAAUAGAAAGCUUAAGUAUGCCGUGAGUCAAUAACUUUGCCGUUCGGUGUCCAGAACAUUCGCAAAGCGAACUGUCUCGACAGAUUAUGACGGUAACUGUCUAAAAUUAUACUUAAAUUUAGUUUUUUUUUUGCGAGAUUACGACACCAAAAUGCUAUAUACUAAGAUAGUUAACGUUAGUAAAGCUAUACGAUUUAUGUUUAAACGAAUUAUUUUUAUUUAAGAUGUUUGGUUUAAAAUUUUAUCGCAACUUUCUUUUUAUUAUUUUCUUAUUAAUAUACUGAAAUUCUCACGUGUAUUUACGGUCAUGCAUCUUUAGACUAGAUUAUAUUUUUAAAUGAUUCGUAAGCUCAUGUCAAUUUUAUUUGAUACUUUUGGUGUGUAUUUUUUGUAAGGGUGAAAACGCACUUGUGUUCGGAUUGUUUCUCAACUAAGACAAAAAAAAUCCACAAAGAUCAAAUAAAAUCGUUUUUGUUCUGAUUACUGUAGUGUGUAUGCCUAAAUGGUAAAUUUUACUACCCAGGCAUGUUUUAGAAAUUUGGUAGAACAUUAGUUCCUAGCCUGGUUUAUUCAGAUUCGAUGAAGUAAAAUGAAAUCUCUGCUCUAAGAUUCGAUUCUUUGGGGCCAAAUAGUUGUAAUGUCCAUGACAAGUCAUCAUCGUAUCAAUAUAUUUAAGGGUCACGUAAAAUAAGUUUAUCGGUUGAGGAGAUGUCUUGAGAUUACUUAAGAAGCCAAUAUUCGAAGACUUCGUUUAUAAGUUUUUAUACGUAUAAGUACUGACUUUAUACAUGGACAGGCUAUAAACCAUGGUAUUUUGUGCCUAUUUGAUCAUCGACAUUUUGGCGCUGUCGUUGCAGUUCGUAUUGGUGGUGAGGAUUCGAACUAAUAAUACAGUAGAAUCAACUGUCAGGAACUGUCAUUUUAUAGCAAUAGCCUAUCCAUUUAUAAAGAUAUGUGCGUAUAAGUUGUAAAUAAGAGGACGGAAACCAAAUAUGUUUUGCUACAAUAUCUGUGCUCGCUUGGUUGCGUUAUUUUUUAUUGACUGUUGAAGGGCAAAGGUAAUAAAUACAUUCUGCCACUAAAAUAUUUCAAAUUAUUAGCUACUUUUUUAUACGCACGCAUUAGUAUCGUAUAAAUUUAUGUAAGUAUGUAUAUUUACGGAGAUUUUAAUGAACAACUAGUGAUGUAGCUAGAAUUAGUCGAUAGUACAUUAUAUUUUAGAGGAGACUUUCAAUUGAAAAUUUCUAUUUAUUUAAAAUGCGACUUUUUAGAUAUUUUAUAAUUUUUUUUUGGUAAAUCGAUUUCGUGUGUAUUUAUAUUGAAGAGUGUGAUUUUUCGAACAUUCCAUAAGGAAGUGAAUUAAUAAGUACAAAAUUUUUUAAACAAUAUUUUUAUAUCGACUAUAAAAAUUAAAUUACUAGACAUUUUUAUGGAAUUGGUAUUGUAGAUGCAGUAUUACGGUGAAUAAGUAUUGAAAUCGAUAUAACGAAUAUUUCGUCAAUUUUGUAUAAAAUGUA